AGACCCUAUGGAAGGUAUCGAGAACCGACUGGACGAGAUCCAGGCUAUGGUCAAACCAAAACCAGAGCUGCUGGCGUUUCUCAAGGAAAUGGGCGCCGGACAAAGCGAAAAUAUGUUGGCAAAGAUGGAGGCCGAGCUUCUGAGAAAAAACAGAAGAAAUAGCCGCAGGUACUGGCAACUUCUUAAGCACGCAUUUCGUAUGGUCUACGUGAUAUCCUGUUUGGCCAAUAGUAGCAGACGCUAUUUUUAUUUCGAUGACCCGGAUGCCGGUCCAGCGGUCAUGCGCAAACAGAGGAUAAAAUACAAAGCUGGUCGGCAACAGCCAAUCAAAUCGUCGAUGAGCAGCGAACUACAGCACGUGCUAAUGACCAACCCAGACUACAGGACGGAGGACCAGAUCAAAAAGAUACUGUGGUUGCUAAGGACAACGAAAGCUUUCCUCCAUCUGUUUCUUGCUGAGAUGAGCUGUCAGCUGGCUCGUGUGUUGGCCUAUGAGAGGUUGGUGCCAUUUUAUUUUCAAUUCUUUCUGUUCGUUGUUAGAGUCAGUGAGGCUAACAUUGUCACAUAUACUGACAAGGUUGGAGUCAGUGAGGCUAACAUUGUCACAUAUACUGACAAGGUUAGAGUCAGUGAGGCUAACAUUGUCACAUAUACUGACAAGGUUAGAGUCAGUGAGGCUAACAUUGUCACAUAUACUGACAAGGUUGGAGUCAGUGAGGCUAACAUUGUCACAUAUACUGACAAGGUUGGAGUCAGUGAGGCUAACAUUGUCACAUAUACUGACAAGGUUAGAGUCAGUGAGGCUAACAUUGUCACAUAUACUGACAAGGUUGGAGUCAGUGAGGCUAACAUUGUCACAUAUACUGACAAGGUUGGAGUCAUUUAG